AUGACUAUUGGACCCAUUCCUGUUACGGUUGCGGGCAAGACCACCAGGCAGAUAGCCCCAGGCUCUGUAAACACGCCCAUUGCGCGGUGGCCCUCGACCGCGAAGAACGUGGCAGUCGAUGCCGAUGCCAUCAGUUCCAAGAUUAUCGAUUCAUUAAAUCAGUCUCUUGAAAGAAACGACAAUGUAUCUGUCGCUCAGUUAUUUUGCAGCGAGGGAUAUUGGCGGGACCACCUAUGCUUGACAUGGGACCUACGAACGAUUAAAGGGAACAACAAGAUCGCGACGUUCCUUGACGAUGGACAUAAUUUGAAGAAAAUAGAAAUUGACAGGUCCGAGCCAAACCGUGGACCUAGACUGUGUGCAUUUAACCCUCAUGAGACGGUCAAGGGUAUCCAGUUCUUCGUUAUUGCGACCACCAAGGAUGGCUCUGGCCGCGGGCUUAUGAACCUCGUGGAAGAUGCCGGGCAGUGGAAGAUUUGGACCUGCUUCACCUCGCUCGAUGAGCUCACAGGGUUCGAGGAGCCCAUCGGUCCUAACAGAGCUAAGGGGGUUCAACAUGGGGCCAUCGCCUCGCGCAAGAACUGGUUAGACCGACGACGAGACGAGGUUGAGUUUGAGAACAGCAGUCCCGAUGUCCUGGUGAUCGGUGCUGGCCAGGCCGGCUUGACAAUCCAUGCUCGCCUCAAGAUGCUUGGUGUUCCGACGUUGAUUGUGGAUGCCUGCGACGAGGUUGGCGACAACUGGCGAAAUAGAUACCACCAACUCGUCCUGCACGACCCCAUCUGGUACGAUCAGAUGCCGUAUCUGGAGUUUCCCAAGUUCUGGCCUAUCUAUACACCAAAAGACAAGCUUGCCGGGUACUUCAAGGCGUACGCCGAGAUGCUCGAGCUGAAUAUCUGGACAAAGACCACGAUUGAGUCGACCAAAUGGGAUGACAGUAAAGGCCAGUGGACGAUCGUCGUCACACGCAAGCAUGCCAACGGGAGCAUAGAAUCUCGAGUUUUACACCCUAAGCAUGUUGUACAAGCCACCGGUCACUCGGGAAAGAAGAACGAGCCCAACUUCAAGGGUUGGGAGAACUUCAAAGGAGACGUUAUUUGCCACUCCUCAGAGUUUAAAGGUGCAGGAAAGUAUAGUCCGAGAAACCAGAAAGGCAAGAAGGCGAUCGUAGUAGGGUCAUGUAACUCUGCCAUGGACAUUUGCCAAGCUUUCUACGAGGAAGGUUACGAUGUGACGAUGGUACAAAGGACCUCAACUGCCAUAAUUGGCGCAGAUACCAUCAAAAACCUACUGCUGGGAAAGCUUUAUUGCGAAGACGGUCCACCAAUUGAUGACGCAGACCUGCUCGUGUGGGGAUGGCCAGCCGAAGUCCUCAAGGCUGCCCACCAGCAGCUGACCAAGAUCCAGAUCGAGCAGGACAAACCGAUCCUUGAUGGCCUCGAGAAGGCAGGCUUCAAGGUCGACUAUGGCCCGGAUGACUGUGGCAUUCUAAUCAAGUACUUUCAGCGCGGCGGGGGCUACUACUUCGACGUGGGCAGCUGUCACCUCAUUAUCGACGGCAAGGCGAAGGUAAAGCAGGGUCAGGAGGUCGACGAGGUCCUCCCCCACGGGCUGCGGUUCGCUGAUGGCUCUGAGCUUGAGGCCGACGAGAUCGUCGUCGCCACCGGCUACCAGAACAUGCGCACGGCCACGCGGCAGAUCUUUGGCGAUGAGGUCGGCGACCGCGUUGGCGAUGUCUGGGGUUUCGACAACGAGGGUGAGAUGCGAACGAUCUGGAAGAGGAGCGGCCAACCGGGACUUUGGCUUCAUGGAGGCAAUUUCGCCAUGUGCCGAUACUUCUCCAGAAUGGUGGCGCUGCAGAUCAAAGCCCAGUUGGAGGGCAUGACAGCAUUAUAG